CUUAAAGUCUCAUUUGAGUGAUUUCAUUGGCCAAAUAGCGUGGCGGUGCCUUUCAAAUAACGCCUCUCUGGUUCAUCACAUCACCAUUUUCUUCGACUACCUUUGCUCAUUUCUCUCUCCUCCAUUACCAGAUACUUCCAUUAACACACCUGCAAGCCUUCCUUCGUCUCCUGCAAUUCAACUUUACUUCAACCUUUUGAUUUCUGAAAGAACAACCUCACAAUUUGUAGUCAGAAUUCUCCGCGGAUUUCGCUUAUUUGACAUUUGGAAUCGACAAAAUGGCGUCAUUUGAGAUGGAUGAUAGAAAAAAGAUUGGACUUGGAUUGACUGGGUUUGGCAUAUUCUUUACCAUCUUGGGGGUCGUUUUCUUGUUUGACAAGGGGUUGCUUGCCAUGGGAAAUAUCCUCUUCUUGUCUGGUGUGGCAUUGACCAUUGGGCCAAAAUCCACUCUUGGUUUUUUCAUGAAACCUCAAAACUUUAAGGGAACAAUAUCAUUUGGCGCUGGCUUCUUCUUUGUUAUUAUUGGCUGGCCAAUUAUAGGCAUGAUAUUGGAAUCGUAUGGAUUCGUUGUACUUUUCAGUGGCUUCUGGCCUACCCUAUCAGUGUUUGCACAGAGGAUACCUGUUCUUGGAUGGGUCUUGCAACAUCCACUCUUGAGAUCGUUGAUAGACAGAUACCGCGGGAAACGAGUACCAGUAUAAAGCUAUGGAAAUGGAUUAGGAAAAGUGAAGAAGCUGAAUUAGCACGUUCUUUGUAAAGGUUUUUUGGUGUAAUGUUCAUAGAUUCUUUCAGUAGUGAGUGUGUCAAUCAUCCUUUUGACUCAUUGAUUCAAGUAUGUGCCCACUUUUUUAAGAGCUUCACAAUAUUUCUUUGUACAGAGCAAACUAACAAAAGCAUAGUUUACUUUUAUAUAAGAUGUAUGUUAUAUCCUGUAGAAUGUUCCAACUUUUGUAUCUACAUAACAGCGGAGAAUUUAUGUUUGUACAAAAGUGGUUUGGCUAGAAAUUUAUAUUUUUGUCAGUUUAA